AUGCUGAGCACAGCUGAUGAGGCGCGGGAGCACAUGGAGAAGGCGACAGACCCGCCGGACUCAGGUACGGCGUCGUCUCUGGAGCUGAGGUCCGAAAGAUUGCGCAUGGCGGUGAGUCGCGAUGGGGAGGCCGGAAGCCUGCUGCAAAGCGACUCCUGGAUGGAGGAAUCGGAGUCGGCCCGAACAGCAUUCUUUUCCAUCAUCCUCUGCAUCCUCGUUCUCAUCGUGUGCAUGUUUGUGGCCGGAAUAUUGUUCGCCGGGACUAUCGGGACCUUUGGUUCUUGUGUUGCCUUCAAAGACCGCGCCAUGUGCUUGGCCUUCUUGGUUUUGGGUGCACUUGGCGGCCUCGUCAUUUACGGUGCCUUUUGCAUGGCAGUUCCGGUUGGCAUUGUGGCGCUCAUUGGUGCAGUCGGUAUUGGAUUCUAUGCCCCGGCGGGCAGCAUCUUGCAGAAGCCAGACAUGAAGUUGUCGAACCUUGGACGGGUUGGCGUCAUGGGGCGUUUAUAUAAGGUGUAG